UUAAGACAGCCACACCGUGUGUGUGAUUAAUUCAGUGUGAUGCUAUGCGCUGACAGGAGCCCAUUUUCCUCUACACGUAGCUCACUGCUUCAGUAUUGUGUAUCGCGGGGGGGGAAUCCAGUGAAAUACACUUGGCACCCACAAAGAUUUCGUAUUACACCAUAAAACCGGGGACUAUAAAAGCGGAGUUCAUUAUAUAUUGGAUGUGAAGAUGCUCUGAUCGCCUGAAGGACUUCGCUGCCGUUUUAACGUUUCGGUUAACGGUUUUAUAAAAAUUUUAAACAAAGGGCACGCGCUGCUGGCGUAUUUCCAACUGAAGACUCCGUCGCCUCAGAUAAAUUGAUCAUCAUGUCGUCGGCAAAACACGGUCUUGAGGAGGCAGCAGGAAGGCAGCCCAUGGCUCAGCCAUUGAACCAAAUGGCUCCUCCACCUUACCUGCCAUCACAGGACCCCAGCAUGCCCCCACAUCCUCCUCCGCCUGGCUGCGGCCCUCAGCCUAACUACCCUCCUCCUCCUCCUCCGCCUGGCUCUGAGGGGUAUUUACAGGAGACGCAGUUCCCUCCUGGAAACCCUCCACCUCAGGCAGCCCCUAAUGGCUACACGGUCCAGACGCACGGGCCCGGCGGCUCAGUACCUCAUCCUCCCAUGGGUUACCUGCAGCUCGGAUAUCCACUCCAACUGCAGCCCUGCACGGCUUACGUACCUGUGUAUCCCAUCGGAACAGGGGGACAGCCUUACAUGCCUAAUGGUACACCCCAUGCAGGUGUUGCACCAGGGCAGGUGCCAAUGCAAAUGCCCCCCGGCGUCGCGCUAAUGGAGCCGCGACGGCCUCCUCACGACUACCUGCCCAUCGCUGUGCUCACCACCAUCUGCUGCUUCUGGCCCACGGGCAUCAUAGCCAUCAUCAAAGCCGUGCAGGUACGUACAGCUGUUGCUCGGGGCGACAUGGUGUCAGCAGAGAUUGCGUCACGCGAGGCACGCAACUUCUCCUUCAUCAGCCUGGCGGUGGGCAUUGCCUCCAUCGUACUCUGCACCAUCCUCACGGUGGUGGUGAUCAUCGCCUCACAGCACCACGACGAAGACUGGGACCCUUAGACACACCCCUCAACCCACACCACACUACGGACUGAAGGCGGUACAGCCGGUAUUCUGCUCAUAACGUUCCCUGAUCAUCACACAUCGCACUCACUGCUACAGUCACCGAUAAAAACCUAAAGAGAAUAAUCGUUGGCUGUGUUCGCUAACAGACACAGAUUUACAUCCUUAAUUAAUUAAUCGCUAAUGGGAGCCGGGAACAAAUCACACCCAUGGUUUUGCUUCUGCAGAAAUGCUUAGUUUAGUAAUCUACAAACAAACUCGUGUUACUUAUUGGUUAUGCACUGUGUUUGUGUUCAGUCCAUUCUGUCAUUGAUUUGUGCCAUUACUCUGUUUAGGUACAGUGUUGUACAAUAGAAGUCAAGUAUUUCCUGACACAGACGAAUAUGAUUACGCCAAGCGAUCUGCUAUUAUUUAAUCGUAUUGUAAUAUAAAAGUGUUAGGUAGAUGAGCAGAAGCGAUAAUCAUUCUUUACUCAGUUGAAUAACAAUAGGGUAGACCUUUACUACAGUGGGUGUUAAAAAAAGACGUAUAAGUUUAAUGAGUAGAAUAUUGGUCUUUGCCGACUGAGAAACACUCGGUGGAAUGUUACGACGACUCAAAACAUUUUCCGCGCUCAAACAAAGUGUUACUGCCUCACGGCAAACUAGGAGAGAUAUAUAAUUAUUGUGUGGCAAUGUUACUUUAUGUUAUGUAUUAUACAUUAUUUAUUACUUAUUUGUUUGUGCACUCAUUCAAGUAUUUAUUAUUAUAAUUAUUAUUAUCAUUAUUCAAUAUUUAUUAUUCUAUUUAGCCAUAGCCGUAGUGUCGAACUGAAUUAUUUUUUAUUGUUUGAUGAUUGCAUAUGCUCAUUACAGAUUGCACAACUUCAUAGUGCGGCAUAUUUUUAGCUGAGCAUGUUGCGACACGCACUUUUAUGCACUGUGAGGGUGUAAAUGCUGCUGCCUUCCUUCUGGUUUUGUUUGCCAGAUAUGAACAGUGAACAGGAUUUAAGGGUAAGUUAAAAGAAAAAACAAAACAAAACAAUACCCUUUCCAUGUGAGAAACAUUCGACACAAUAGAUUUUUAACAGACAAGCACUACAUUGAUUAAAAAAAAAAGGUCAAAAUAAAUUGCAUCCAUGUUUUCUACAGCUCUGUCAGCCCGCGUCUGAGCAGAAUGCAGAGAGGGGCUUUCAUCAGGAUCGUUGUUCUGUUUUGUCUCAGGCUCAUCCCCUGAAAGCUUCCUCUCCUACACUCACAGCCACAAGAGAUUUGUCACAGAUAAUUUCAGAAAUGCAUGAAAAUGUCAAGUCCACACAGGCUCGGUGAACCGCAUUACUCAACCGCUUCUGCCUAACAAUCAGAAGUGACGGACUUGUAGCGAUAAGAUGGCGCUCUAGGGCGGGAGGGUGGUUGGUCCGGGGUUGUUGGCAAUCCAGAUAAUUGUCAGCAACAGUACAUUCUGUUUCUGAGGAAUUUUGGUGCUGCUACGGAAAGCCGUACAGGCUGAUGAGGAUAUAUUUCAUUGAUGUGAAUCAGCACUUAUUGGUGUAAAUUUACACCUGUGUGAGGUGAUUGUGUUCUAUGAUCCUGGUUUGUUAGACUCCACAAAUGCACAUCCCAUCAGCCACUCUGGCUGAACACACACUGAACAAGAACCUCUUAGAUUUUUGGGGGAAAGGAGAUUUAGUCUCAUUAAAGGAAAAAUCCACCCUGAACAACUUGCUAAUUAAUGUCUAUAAGUAACAAGUGAUCUACAGUGGUAUUAGUUACCCAAUAGUAAUGAAAUUCUAAAUGGACUGAAUGGGUUAAUGGUUUUCUACAUUACCCACAAUGCACAGUGGGAUUUAGUCCUUGUUUCCUCUCUGUUUAAAGAGACCAGAGCUUUAGGAGUCUUUAGUCUGUCCAGCUCUCUCAGAUUAGCUUCUAAAGCUUCAGCUUUCACACUAACCUUCUGUCAAAACUAUCAUGCUUAUCAGUGCUAGCCAACUCUACUAGCACUAUCACACUCACGCCCAUUCACACACUAUAGAUAAUUGAUACCAGUUAGCCUACAAUGCAUGUUUUUGGCCUGGGGAGGAAACCCCCAAAGGAGAACUCCACACAUACAGGGCAGAGGUGGGAGCUGAACCCCCAGCCACAGAGGUUUGAGGCAAACCCCUGUACCCUCUACUUAUAAAUAUUCCAGUAUAAACAAAUAUAAUGGGCUUCAGGGUGGAGUUUCCUUUCAUUUUUCUAUGAGCAGGUGUGUUGAUAUGAGCUGACAGGCUGGUUCAUGGGAUUGUAGUUAUUAAUCUGAAAAUUGGUAGAAAUCUUGAGCCUGUGACACUUUGGUCCACUAUUUUAAUGACACUCAUGUUUCUCUUAAGUAUUUCGAUUAUUUUUGGCCAACUGUAUAUCACGUGAUCUUUUCUGCUCUCGUUUUCUUAAAUAUGUCCAUUUUUAGAUAAAGAGCUUUAAUGUAAAUGCACAGUGACCACAGAUGUAUCGCUGUAACUAUUUUAUUCUACUAUGAAAAAAAAAAGAAGAAAGAAAAUCUGUGGGAACAAUCCUAAUAUUUUUUGGGUGUGUAUAAGAUCACCCACUAGUGAUUCUCUGAUUCUAAAUGCAUUAAAGAGAAGAUCUGUUUGUAUUAUAAUUAUUUAAGUAUCUGCUGCCGUAUUGGUGUUGUGGGUUCUCAGUACCUAGAUAGAACUCCAGCAAAAAAAAAAAGCUUUUACUGCAUUAAUCUAAUAGAAAUCUGGUCCUGUAUUGUUACAGAUAACAUUGCUUUAAGAAAAGAAAAAGAGAAAGAAAGAAAAAAAAAGUAUGGUUCCCCAUAGUUACUGCACUCUUAAGAUGCCGGUUUUCUCUGAGCUUGUAAAUGUGGCAGGUGGCUUGUUGAAAGAGCCUGCCCGAUGACUUGUGUACCUGUGCUUUUAAGGUUUAUUCUGUUGAAUGAUGCUUUACAUGCCUUUAUUGUGUAUGAAUCCUGUUUAAAUUAAAAAAAGCCACUGCAGGAAUGGA